AUGUCAAUUAAAACUGACACACCUUGUGUAUUGCUUCCUGCGGCAAAUCAUCUAUCUGUUGAAAAUGUUAUUUCUAAUACAGCCUCACAUAAACUCGAAGACCGUGAAAAAUGUAAAGUUGGUAUUACUUCUAGCGUUGCGAAGUUUUUCCAUGCUGAUGGUAUAUUGGAUGUGUUUGCGCGUGGUUUCUUAGCUGAACCUGUUUUGCGUGAUGCGGAAGAGAGCUAUCGUUAUCUGAUGGCUUUGGAUCGUUACUGA